AUGACUGUUAAAGCAGAUACUAUCCCUUCUGGUUUGCAACAACCUUGGGCAAAUUCAUUGCAGACUCCAACUACAACUUUUUUGAUUUCAUCACCAGCGAUGACUAUGCCAAUUGAAAACAGUCCUGUGAAUGGCUUAAAUCAAAAUCCUUCCACUCCUAAUAUGAAGUUGGAUGGAAAUCCAAGUUCAAUUCCAGAAAAUUCUUUUGCUGUCGAUCAGCAAGAUGCUACAAAUUCAAUACAAGUACAACAAACAGAAGCAACUAGUAUUCAGAAUCUUAAUUCGUUGGAAACUACUCCCGCUAAUAACCAACCUGCUCUAAACACAUUCCCCACAAAUAAUCAACCUACAACAUCCAUUAAUAAUGUAGCUAACUCUCCAAUUGUUACGACUGAACCAUUUAACAAUGAAAUUAUAACAACUUUAAAUACAAUAGCUAACCAGCCAUUAGCUAUUACAGCUUCUAUUAACGACCAACCUAUAACUUUUUCCAAUAUGCCAAUAAACCAGCCAUUAGUUUCUACGGGUCCAGUUAAUAUUAAACCUUUUAGUACUUCUACCACAAUAGUUAACCAACCUUUAGUUGCUAUUGAAUCGACAACAAACCAACGCAUAAUCCCUUCUACCACACUAGCUAGUAUGCCAUUAGCCAUUGUAGAUUCAACCAAUAGCCAACUUGUAACAACUUCGAAUGAACUAGUUAACUCAAGAUCGGUGAAUAAUCUACCAAUAAUAGAUUCAAACACAAUAACUAGUCAGCCACUGGUUUCAGUCGGAUCAUUAAAUAGUCAACUUAUAACUAACAGUAAUGAUGUAAUAUCCCAACUAUUUACAACUACAUGGUCAUUCGACAUUCCACGCAAAUCCAGAUUCAGUGGAAUAUCUAACAGUCCAUUAGCUGCCGUAUGGUCCGUCAACAAUCAAUCUAUUGCAACUACUAAUUCAAUUUCCAAUCUGCUAUUAGCUAAUUCGGACUCAAUAAAGAAUCAGCAGUUAAUAGACGCGAAUUUCGUUAAUACUCAACAGACAUCCAGUUACGAUACGCUAUCUAAUCAGAUAUUGACUGCCUAUUACUCCAUUAACCAGCAACCUGUAACAACUUCUAAUGUAAUAUACAAUCAACCCUUGAUUACUGCAGGGUCUAUAAAUAAUGGAUUUGUGACAAUCAGUGACGGCUUAGAAAACCAGCAGUUAGCUGUUGUAGGCCUAGCCAGCCCACAACCUACAUACACUUACAGUACAAUAGAUAACCAACCGCUAGCAGUUGUCGGAACAGUAAACAAUCAACCUUUAUAUGACCCUAAUACAGUUAAUAACCAACCAAUAGCUGUUACCGGAUCAGCAAACUAUCAACCCAUAACUACUGCUGAUAUAUUAGCUGCCCAGCCGUUGGUUGCUAUGGAACCAAGUAACAUUCAAUCUAUAGAUACUACUGAUGCAUUAGUUAUGCAGCCAUUAGAUGCUAAGAGUCCUGUUAACACUGAGCCCAUAGCUACUGAGCCCAUAGCCACUGAACCAGUUAACACUGAACCAGUUAACACUGAACCAGUUAACACUGAACCAGUUAACACUGAACCAGUUAACACUGAACCAGUUAACACUGAACCAGUUAACACUGAACCAGUUAACACUGAACCAGUUAACACUGAACCAGUUAACACUGAACCAGUUAACACUGAACCAGUUAACACUGAACCAGUUAACACUGAACCAGUUAACACUGAGCCAGUUAACACUGAGCCAGUUAACACUGAACCUAUUGUUACUGUUGAUGUAUUAGCUACACAGCAGUUGGUUGCUUUGGCACCAAGUAACAUUCAACCUAUAAUCAUUUCUAAUACAUUAGCCGAUCAGCCUGUAGUUGUUACUGGGCAAAUAGACAACCAACAUUUCGAGACUGAAAAUUCCCAAAGUCACCCAAGUUCUGUAUUACCAAUUAAUUAUAACACUAAUUACGGAGUAGAUAUUAAUCCACCCAACAGCCACUUUUUGGCUUAUUCAGAUACUGCAGAUAAUCAACUGUUAAAUGAACAAGUUAUAUCAAGUACUCAACCCCCAAAUGCAAUAGCUUCUAACAAUGCAUCCCCAAUAGAAAACAUUAGUACCACUUCUAGUGGUAACUUACUUGAAAAUCUAAAUUCUUUUCCAUCACAAGUACUAGGAACUGAUCUUUCUACAACUCAGGAUAAGCUUUAUACAUUAAGUGGAACAAUAUUAUCAACCUUCUCUGCAACAACUCAAGGUUCGCAAGACCUUUUCAUGGUUUCUACAGAGCCCACACAAGUUUAUGAUACAAUAUUAUCUCAAGCUAUAUUAUCUGUAACAAUGCCUAGUGGAACUAUUCCUACUGCAUCCGUAUUAUUUAGUAGUAAAUCAUCAAAACGCUCCAUGAACACUUUGCUAGAUUUUUCGUCUAUCAUAGAAAGCGAAAAUCUUUCAUCGGCUUUACUUUCUAGUGAGAGUGAAUAUGUGGCUUCCUUCACAACGGCUAACUUAUCACCAAGUUCUAGUGAACCACCCUCAUUAAUUACUAUGAUACCAGAUAUUUCUGUUUCAUCAAACUUCAAACCUUCCGUACAAUACUCUACGAAUCUAAACUCAAACAGUGGAAACCAAUUUUCAGCUACCAAUGAGCUCAGUAUCAUACCUACUCUUCCAUUACCCGAAACUCCUAUAACACAAAUAGAUUCUCAAGAAUUGAACUAUCUCACAUCUACAACUUCAUUUGAUAUUUCAAAUAUCGAAUCUUCAAACUUAAAUGCGAUCGAUAGCCUACAAUCCAUCUUGUUAGGUACAUCAAAUUACGUUUUUACAGAUUAUGAAAACGCUCCUAGCACUCCAUCUCUAGGCUCUAUUGAAAUUACUUCUUUAACACCCACAUCCUUUAAUAGCUAUAAAGCUUCAUCAUCCGCUACUCUUAUUGGAAAUUUGAUUCCCAGCUUUUCAAUUUCUGAUAACAUCAUAUUUCCAGAUGUUACGACUCUGAGUGACCAAUCUUUGGCUAGUACAAAUUUGUCUCAAUCAUCUACCUUGGGAGAACAAGGUGUUAAUGAACCUCAGUCUUUCAAAUAUACUGCUACCAAUACAAUCUCUAGUUUCCAAGGAAGUAGUCUGGACAAUUCUCUAAUCCUAUCUACUGUAAACUCAAGCUUGGAGUAUGUUGAUGUGAUUUAUACCACGGUUAUUAUAUCUAACUCUGCACAAUUAUAUUCAAUAUUGGAUAACUCUCAAAACCGUAUAAAUUCUUUUGGGCCUAUUCUCUCCACUUCCUCACGUCAUUUGCAUAUAAAUUCAAUUGAGUCAGAAACUAGCAUUGGUGAUUCAUUUUACACUAUCAGAAAUAAUAGUACUUCAGAUUUGCAAUUAUUGAGCACCCAGUCUGAAGAAGUUCUUUCUACAAUUAAUGCUAAUUCUAGUUUCACAGUUUCUUUUUCAACUUUAACAUCAUAUGACAGUUCCUCAUUUCUGCCGGUAUUUUCUGCUACAUCUACUAUUGAUGCUUACAAUACAUCUUCUUCACAAGAACAUUUUGAGUUACAAUACACCACUUCCAUGCCUACGACCGAUCUUUACAAUUCAAGGGUAAAUUUCCUAUCUAGUUUAGAUACUUCUCGGAUUGUUGAUACUUCCAAAGAUAAUUGGUCCUCUUAUGUAACUUCAGGAAGUGACGAGAAAACUUUAUAUUCAAGGAGUAGACCUUCUUAUACAAAGACAACUAUAGAUAAUUCUACGAUUAGCUCUUCAAGUAGCGUCAUACAACCAAUAGAAAUUAAUCUCAAAAGUACAUCACAUUUAGUAUCAUUUAAUAGUAGUCACAAAUCAACUCAAAAAGAUACUUCAACAAUAUCUAUCCAAGGAUCAGUUUCAAGGCCCGAAACAACACCUUUUAUAUCCUCUACCGCCUCCUCUCGAGACGUCCACAGUAAAAAAUAUGUUGAGUCAUAUAUAAGUUCGGGGUUUAUUUACUUUGUAUUCAACGAAACUUUUAACUUCACAGAUUCUACUACAAACCUUAUUACUGAUUUACCCACAACCACUCGAGUUCUAGCAAAUUGUACUACUUCAAUUAAUUUCCCAAGCCAAACACUAACAGAAAAUAUUCAGGUUUACGAAAACUGGAUCCAUAAUGGAGGAACCAAACCAUAUACAACCCACCAUGGAAGUAGUAGUACAGGUGCUAUUGUUGGUGGUGUAGUUGGUGGUGUUGGAGGUACGCUACUAGUUGUUAUAGUUCUUGGAUAUCUGUAUUGGCAUAAAGGAACAUUUAGAAAAGAAAGAAGGAGAAAUGGAAAACCUCGUACUAAACCUCAAAUUCCAGCAAAUCGUGCUAACAAGAAUUUAAAUAUGUCACGAAAAAUCAGUUCCAAUCCAUUUGAUGAUAGUUUCCAAGAUGAAAAGGCAGCAUUACCCGAUCAAGAUAGUAGCAGUAGUCUAGAUUCCCACCUCACACCACCAGCUACUAACCCCCAUAAUUCAAUUGCGAAUACUUCAAUAUCAAACUAUGAGUCCUUAGUAUCAUCUGGUGAAACCUCCAUAUCACUUAAUAGCCCUAGUAGUGCUUCAUUCAUUGAACCCAAUUCGCAUGCAUUUUUAAGCGAAUUAAUAUAA